AUGACUCACAGAAUAGCGUUAUUUGAUCCAAGAGAUAGGCCUCAAGUGUUCCUUGGCAUUCAUUCGCCAUUUAUUCCCAUUAAUGCAGUAGUCGAGGGCCACGCCAUCAAGUCCGGGUAUAAAUACGAUAUUUACGUUCAGCUGGAAAAGGAAGAACACCUUCUUCCUCCUCCGUACCGAACUAGCUGCAGAGAUAACGGACCCUCAGAAGAUGCAAAAAAUUUCACCAAUCCUAACUCCUAUCAGAUGUGCCUUGAAAUGUGCAGAUCAGAUUUCAUGAAAGCAAUGAGGGGAUGUGACAAUGUAAUGACCAUGAUCUUGUCAGCAAGUGAUUUGUGCUGGUAUGAUGAUUUGGAGUUACUUCCUAUGACUCCCGAGUACGAAAUCGAGCUGGAAAAGAAUCGCCUUAGAUGCAUGCAGAAUUGUAAACCAGAAUGUCUAAAACUGCAGUAUAAGUACAAAAUAGUUAAGAACGAAAUAAUUAAAACUGGGAAAUAUCCAAGUCGUGAAAUGUAA